AUGAAGCUGCCAAACUUCAGACCACAUUCCUUCCACCUGCAGCUGCAGGGUGAAUCCUCAAUCUGGAUCAACGAUGACAUUCGACCUCUCCCUCCUUCACGCCGCCUUUGGGACACUUGGGCAUACAUUUCUUUCUGGGCCAUCAAUCAAAUUGCCCUGAGUAACUGGCAACUGGGGGCAUCCCUCAUUGCAGUCGGUCUGUCCGUCUGGCAGACUAUGAUCGCAGUCAUCAUUGGAAAGCUUAUUAUCGCCGGAGUCGCGAUAUGUAAUGGAAUGGUCGGUGCAACCUGGCAUAUUGGAUUCCCAGUUCUAUCGCGUGGCAUAUGGGGUGUCUGGGGAUCCUAUGUCAUCAUUAUCCAGCGGAUUGCUCUGAGUCUAACCUGGUUCUGCGUACAAUCCUGGACAGGCGGUCUCUGCGUCACAGCAGUGCUCAGUUCCAUCUUCUCCUCCUUCCAGCACAUGGAGAACACCCUCCCGAAGUCUGCAAAUACCACGACAAAAUCAUUGACCGGUUGGAUAGUGUACAACAUCAUUACCAUACCAAUGCUCUACAUCCCCCCUGAAAAGACUCGGCGGUUGCUAUUCGUGAUGAAUUUGGUCUCUGUUGUCACACUCAUCUCAAUGAUGAUAUACGUCCUAUCCACUGCUCGGGGCGGCGGUCCACUACUGUCAGCCCCCGCGGCAGCACAAUCUGGCAGUCAAUUAGGAUGGGCCAUCGUGCAGGGUAUAACGACAGUGAUCGGGGGUAUUGCAGUGGGACUUACAAAUCAAACCGACUACUCUCGGUUCGCUCGACGACCAGGCGACCAGAUUUUUGGCCAGUGGUUCUCCAUCAUCACCUUGGGAACAAUCCUGCCGCUGUUUGGCUGUCUCACGAGCUCGGCAUCUAUCAAACUAUACGGCCAAGCCUACUGGAAUCCACCUGAUCUCCUGCUCCGCUGGCUUGAUGAUGACUAUAAUGCUAAAUCUCGAGCUGCAGCCUUCUUUGGUGGCUGUGGACUCGUGGUCUGCCAGCUUGCGAUUAACACUAUUGACAAUGCGUUCUCGGCUGGCAUGGACAUGGCUGGUUUGUUGCCGAAGUACUUCAACAUUAGGCGAGGUGCUUACCUGGCUCUCAUCCUUUCCAUUGCCAUGUGUCCAUGGGAGUUGCUUGCUUCUGCUGGGACUUUCAUCAGUGUUAUGGGCGCCUACUCCGUCUUCUUGGGACCCAUGUGUGGCAUCCAGAUCUGCGACUAUUUCAUCAUCCGCUCUCGCCGGAUGAAGCUGUCGGCUUUAUACACACCCUCCCCAACGGGAAUCUACUAUUAUUUUCACGGCACCAAUCCGCGGGCAUUUGUGGCCUGGAUUUGUGGUUGGGCUCCACAGUUACCUGGAUUCAUUGCCAACGUCAACCCAAGCGUGAGUGUGCCAAAGGCUUGCAUGGACAUGUUCUACCUCGCCUUCCCACUCGGGCUGGCCAUCAGCUUCACGAUAUAUCUUGGGCUCAACAAGGUGUUCCCACCCAAGGGUCUGGGCGAAUAUGACGACGUCGACUACUAUGGUACCUUUACAAGCGACGAAGCUGCCAAGCUUGGAGUCUCACUUCUGGAAGACACACCCGGCGAGGAAAAAGACGGGCAACUUAGCUAUCCGGUGGACCGGAAGAUCAUGGAGAAGGAGAUUUACGAAGCGGGGACUUAG